CUCUUCCGGUUAAAAUGAAAAUGGAUUCGCAAAGUAUGAACUUCCUGUAACUUUCCGAGAACUUUUGAGGCAACUUUUACCAUUAUGGGGUCAGAAAUUGAGAACGAGUUUAUCAAUUAUGACAAAUACAAUGCCUGGGGUCCAGUUUAUCAGGAAUUAAAAAAUGAGGCAGCUAUGCAGGCAAUUGAAAACGAGUUCUCAACAGCUGAGGCCCGUAAUGCAGCAAACAGAAAUAAGAACAGAUACAGAGAUGUCAGUCCAUAUGACCAUGCCAGAGUUAAACUAUCAAACAAUGUGUACAUCAAUGCAAGUCUCGUGGAAGUUAAACAAGCAAACAGAAAGUAUAUUUUAACACAGGGCCCUUUAGAAGUGACCGUUUCUCAUUUCUGGCAAAUGGUCUGGGAACAGGAAAGUAAAGCCAUUAUCAUGCUCAAUAAACUGAUAGAGAAUGGAGCGAGGAAGUGUUACAAAUACUACCCCACCACUGAUGAGGAGGAUGAAGAAGAAGAAAUGGAGUUUGAAGAUGUGUCACUUAAUGUUUCCGUCAUCAGAGAAAGACAGCUGGACUAUUAUAUAGAAAGAAUCUUACUUUUAAAGCAUACAGAGAGUGGAGAAUCUCGGGAGGUUAUACAUUAUAAUUACACCCACUGGCCAGAUUUCGGAGUCCCCCAGUCACCUUUAGUGUUCCUGAAUUUUCUGAUGACGGUCCGUCAGUCCGGAGCCCUGGAGGCAGAUGUGGGUCCAGCCAUCAUCCACUGUAGUGCAGGCAUCGGGCGAUCAGGAACCUUCUGUCUCGUAGACUCGGCUCUUGUUAUUGUGAGUGAACAUAAUUUAUCAGAUUAUCUUGAUCAUAGCAGCAAAAAAGAAGACACCCCUCCCCCACCCCCAGAAAGGACCACAAGUUUGCCAGUAGAUAAACAUCCCCCACCCCUCCCUCCUCGUCAGGAUCUGAAGAAAACAGAGGAAAAAGAAGAAGAGGAGGAAGAGGACUAUGAAAAUCAACCAAUUUUAACUGAAGACACGGAAGAGUUAAUUCCCGAGAAGAAGGAAGAGGAAAAUGGUGCUUUCAGAAGGAGAAUUCAGAGAGAGGAACGCAGACAGAAAACGCAAAAUCAAAUAGACAGAAUGAGAGAAAAACAAAGAAAAAGUGAAUUAUGGAGAAACAGACGAUCCUAUUUAACCCCAGUGGCUAUAGGAAUAACACUGUUAAUCGGCGGCUUCAUUCUCUAUAAAUAUUAUUUCUGAACUUAUGAUUUAUGCAAAUUAACAAGUUGAUGACAUCAAUAUUGUUUAUUAGAUUUUUUUUUCUGAAGUUUUUUUUUUUUUUUACACACAAUCACCAGUAAAUAUUUUGGUCAUGCU